UCAGCAGCACAGUUUCGCCAUUUACAGACGGUAGCGCGUUAGCUAAGUUAGCAUGAACGUAAACACAGCAGCAAACCAAAGACAAAUGGAUUAUAACCUGGACAAUAUGGAGGCCAAGCACGGGAAAGGCCUACCCUGCUUCGAGGACCGCUUGGACAGCGGCGUGGACUCGUUAAAAGAGGAGGACGUCCUGUCCAAGGACUUCGAGGACAUGACUGUUUGCUCCACGGAACCCGGCUGCGAGGACUACGAGCCGUGGAGGACCGCGGUCACUGAAGACGGAGACACGCUGCUCCACUUGGCCAUCAUCCAUGAAUCCACUGAACAUGCUCAACAGAUGAUCACGCUGUCUCACAGCCACUCCUUCCUCAACAUCCAGAACCACCAAAGACAGACGGCUCUCCACCUGGCAGUGAUCACCAACCAGCCCCAGCUGCUGGACCGACUCCUGAAGGCCGGUGCCGACCCGCUUCUUGUCGACAACAGCGGCAACACGCCCCUUCACAUCGCCUGCAAACGGGGCUCCCUCGCCUGCUUUGGGGUCAUCACCCAGAACUGCCAGCGCCGCCUCACCUCCAUCCUGUCUGCCUACAACUACAGCGGACACAACUGUCUCCACUUGGCGUCCAUCAACGGUUACAUUUCUCUGGUGGAAAGUCUCGUUCGGCUGGGUGCAGACAUCAACGCGCAGGAACCUUGCAGCGGGCGGACGGCUCUUCACCUGGCCGUCGAUCACCAGAACCCCACGCUGGUCUGCUGCCUCCUCAAACUCGGCGCCGACGUCAACUGCCUGAACUACGGCGGCUUCACGCCGUACCACCUCACGUUCGGUCGCCACGACGACGAGAUCCGCUCGCAGCUGUACGACAGGACGGCGCAGGAGCUGAGGGACAUGCCCGACAGCGAGUCGGACGACAGCGACAUGGAGGGCCUGUCGGAGGACGAGGUUUAUGACGACAUCAAGUUUGGAAAGUAAAGCAGCGGCGUCUCUCGCUGGUAUCGAGCUGCUACUGGGUUCGCCGAGGCACGGCAUUCACCCAAACGGGGACGGAGCAGGCCCCCCCCCAUUCAUCAUGCAGAACCACAGGUGUCGGCCGGGGAUUUCAGACUGGAAUGAACUGUCUGUUCUGGCCACGUGCGCUCCAGACUGUUGCAGUCAAAGAUGGCAGGACCUCCAUACGGCUGCUGUCUGUGUAUACAUGUACAUAAUGUAUUUAGCAGACGUGUAUUAUACUGUAAAUACAGAGAUAUUAUUUUUGUACUUGGUGUGAAUUUAAACACUAUUACCAUACGUUUGAAAAUAAAACCAGAUUU